AUGGCGGUCGAUUUGACUCCUCGGUUCAGGCGACUGAACAGUCAAACGCGAAGUUUUCGUGACAACCUUCAGCCUGGACUCUCAGGACCCUUCCGUGCUACUCAACUAUGGCAGAACAUCAUCCAGGCCCUCCAGACCCAGGUGGAGGUACGGCGCCGGCGAAGGCAUUUGCGUCUCCACACCGACUGCUUUACUGGAUCGGAUGCAGUGGAUGCUGUCCUGAGUUAUUUGAUGCAGAAUGUAGUCUUUUGUGCCAGUGAGGUUUCACGGCUUAAAGCAGCUCGGCUCUGCCAGGCGCUUAUGGAGACCAAAGUGUUUGAGCCAGUGGGCACUAAGCUGUUUCGCCGAGAGAAGGAAGUGACCUUCGAAGACAGCAGCUGCAGCCUCUACCGUUUUCUUGACUGUAAAGCUUUCCCCAGAUCUGCCACAAAAAACUCUGGAAGUGACUCAGAAAACAUGGCUCCAGAGGAACUUGAGACAAAGAGGAAGAAAGGCUCCAGGCUGAAUGAGCUGAGGACCAUCUCCAAUCCAACAGCAGUUGGACCAUCAGACAGGAGGGUUGAGAGGCUAUUGAGCACCAUUAACCUGCGACCCUCACUGCACCUCUCUCCGGGUACAACCACCCGAUCUUCCGCCUUCGUCUGCAAGGCCGCGGUAGAUGAAGUAUGGAAGCAGCAGACUCUGCUUCAGCUAUUGCAGAUAGUGGAGCUGCCCAUGCUGGACUGUAUCCUGACCUCUCCACCCAGGGUCCAGACCCAGGCCUGUAGCGGCCCUUUAGCCCCCCACCACCAAGACCUCGUUAUCUCAAACACCUGCCUGGAGAGAGAGCUGCCCCGGACCCUCAACCUGCCCCAACUGGACGAUUGGCUCUCUGCAGCGGCCGACUGCCUGGAGCUUUUCCCCGACCAGCUGAUCGUGGUGGCGGGAGAGCAGCUCCGCCAGCAGGGCAGUGACCUCGCCUCAGAACAAAGCCCAGAUGAAGAGCUGGCCAACCAGAAAAGGCUUCUGUUUGACACCAUGGCUAAGUACUACAGUGGACAGGAAAAGCCUCCGCUGCUCUCGGGUCGAUACCUGGAUGUACACGUUGCAAUACUAGAUUUUCUGGAUGAAGGGAAGAUCGAGGAGGCCAUCAGGGCUUCUCAGCUCUGUCUGCGUUUGUUGGAGGCCAGUGUUCGAGAUGAGCUACGCAGACUCCUGACCUUCAUGGCUAAAGCAGCUCAUCCUGAUGCCUGCCGUCUGCACAAACAGAUUGAUAACAGGGUCUUCGUGAGUAGGACCUUUCAGAAGGCCAUUGUCCAAAACCAUGAACUGACCCGAACCCAGAGCGAGACUCUGGUGCUUUUUCUGAUGGACCGUCAUACUCAGCUCUUCAAGACCCCCACAUCACUGAUUGAGGCUGUGAGGAGGACACUGAGGACUAUGCAGCAGGGCAACGACCCUUACUCCAUUGUUGCAUUCACCUACUGCCAACAGGUGACACCUCAGCAGUAUGAGGACCAGCGCGAGGCAGCCACCCUGGAGAGCCUCAAGCAGCUCCUCCAAAACAUCUCUCAAAACCACAGCAUGCCUGUCAAGGAGAGGAAACGACUGGUUAAAGAGUUCCAGAAGCACCACCCUGUGGUCUUUUUGCAGCACUUCUCCAGCACCUUCUGA